AUCCAGGAGCCGCAGCGUUGCCAAGAACCCGCCAUCUAGAAUCUAUGAUAGAUCUAUCUUGAAACUCGAACUUUCUAACCUCCAACCUUGCUUCAUCUUCCUACAUACGUACCUACAGUACUGGUACCCUAUUCCUUUCGUCUCCCGCAAAGCAAUAGCCACGAGCACGAAUCUCAACCCUUCGACUCUAACCCCCCCUAUAAUACUAAAUCUCAUACAUCCUCCUAGUCCACCAAAAGGCCACCUCUACCCACUAACCUCUCAAGAUGAACGCCCCAGAUCGCUUUGAGCUCUUCCUCCUCGGCGACGGCGAGACCAAAGUCUCCAUGGAGCAGGACACACGCCAGCCCAACGCGGCCAUCUUCACCUUCAACAAGGAGGACCACACACUGGGCAACCUGCUGCGCGCCACGCUCCUUCACAACGAGCACGUCGUAUUCUCUGCGUACAAGGUGCCGCACCCGCUCUUCCCGAAGUUCGAGCUGCGCGUACAGACGGACGAGGAGACGACGCCGAAGGAGGCGCUACUAGCGGCCUGCCAGAGCCUCAUUGGCGACCUACAGAUGCUCAGUCAGAAAUUGACGCGGGAGUGGGAACUUAAUAAGAUUGCGAGGGAUACUAGUUAGCUGGAUGGGUAGGUGGUUGAGGGUAUUGGGGGAGGAUUUCAAAGAGGAUUAUUAUUCUCCGGAAUUUGAUUCAUGAAGAAUCGCGGGCGGGGGGUUUGGAUUAUUGGCGGUGGUGUGGUUAUUUGUGCCUAUCGUGUACUGUACAGAAUGGAUGUUUAUGAACAUGGGGAGUAAUAUUCUUUUUU